UCCUAACGCCACAAAGUCCCAGAAUCCUCUGCGCAUGCUCUGAUAGAAGGUGACAGGGGACAGGAGCAAGAUGGCCUCGGCCUAUCUGACCCACCAGCAAAAAGUGUUGCGUCUCUACAAGAAGUCGCUGAGACACCUGGAGUCAUGGUGCAUAUUUAGGGACAAAUACCGCUUCUACGCCUGCCUGCUGCGAGCUCGCUUCGAUGACAACAAGCACGAGAAGGACAUGGUGAAGGCCACCAUGAUGCUGAAAGCAGGAGAGGAGGAGUUCUGGACCAACCAACACUCGCAGCCCUACAUCUUCCCCGACUCUCCUGGGGGGACGUCCUACGAGAGAUACGAUACCUACAAGGUCUCGGAGUGGGUCCUGGACCACUGGCACCCCUCGGAGAAGGCCAUGUACCCCGACUACUUCGCCAAGAGGGAGCAGUGGAAGAAGCUGAGGAUGCAGAGCUGGGAUAAAGAGGUGGCGCAGCUGGAGGCCGAGACCCCGGCAGGAGGCCCCAAGACCGAAGCCCUGCCUCCCGCCCGCAAGGAGGGCGACCUCCCCCCUCUGUGGUGGGACUACGUCACCCGCCCCCGGGAGCGCCCCACAUAAACCCCCCCCCCCCCACUGAGAGGGAGGGGGACCGGCUGACACCUCUGAACCGGGUCAGGGUCGGACGGAGGAGGCGGAUGAAUCUGACAAGACCUGUACAUGUUCCACUUAAUACCUGUAGCUGUUCUAACUAAUAAAUAAAUGAAUAAAUGUGUGAUCAGAA